CACACACACACACACACUCACAGCUGUUUAUACUCCUCUCUCCGAUGAGCAGUGGAGCCAUCAGAGAGCAGAGGCUGCAGAGGUCCGGAGGCAUCGGCGGCUCCACCCGAGAGCAUCUGUACGGGAAAAAUCUGGACGACUAGUUUUGAUUUAUCUUUUUUUUUCCCUUUCGUUUUUCCAAUCAACUACACGGCUUUCACUCUCUGCCAUCCCGCUCUUCCUUCUUCUUUUUCUUCUUCUUCUUGCGUGUAUGUCCGUCCCGGCUGCUCCGUUGGAAUCUGGAGUGCAGACACGGAUCAGCAGCAGAGUGAAAACAAGAGACAUGAGUUUCAGCCUCCGCUGCUGCCCGCUUUCUCCCAUUCACUGACAGAAGAGGGGAACACAAGGUAAAGGGGUCGAAGCGGCAGCCGUAGGCAAAGCGGCGAAGGUGAAGCAGACAUGAGUGCGGACGGCCAUCAGGCGGUGGUGACCACUCCGCCGCCGCCCAGCGGGGGCACCAAGGAGCGCUAUUUUGACCGGGUCAACGUCAACGAUCCGGAGUACAUCAGAGCCAGAAACAUGUCGCCUGACCUCCGGCAGGAUUUUAACGUUCUGGAGCAGAAGAAACGCGUCACACAGAUACUACAAAGCCCAGCCUUCAAAGAGGAGCUGGAGUGUCUGAUCCAGGAGCAGCAGCGGAAAGGGAACAACCCGACCGGACUGCUGGCCCUCCGGCAGAUCGCCGACUUCUUCAUGGCCAGCUCGGUGGCCGGCUUCAACACUUCCCCUCUCAGUCUGGGGAUGGUGACUCCCAUCAAUGACUUGUUCGGGGUGGAGUGCGCCUCCAUGGUGAAAGGCGAGAAGCUGACGCGCUGUAAACUGGCCAGCCUCUACAGACUGGUGGACCUGUUCAGCUGGGCCCACUUCGCCAACUCCUACAUCACAGGCCGAGUGAGUAAAGAACAGGACCACAUACUCAUCAUCCCCAGAGGUCUGUCAUUCGCUGAAGCUUCUGCAUCAAACCUGGUGAAGGUGAACAUCAUCGGGGACGUGAUCGAGCAGGGCUCCACCACCCUGCGGAUCGACUCGGCCGGGUUCAGCCCACACGCCGCCAUCUACUCCAUGCGUCCGGACAUCCGCUGCAUCAUACACGUUCACACUCCCGCCACGGCGGCUGUGUCAUCGAUGAAGUGCGGCCUCCUGCCAAUCUCCCAGGAGGCGUUGAUCUUGGGAGAUGUCGCCUACUACAACUAUCAGGGCAGCCUGGACGACCAGGAGGAGCGCAGGGAGCUGCAGAAAGCCCUGGGCCCGACAGCGAAGAUCUUGGUGUUGAGAAAUCACGGCGUGGUCGCUCUCGGGGAAACCGUCGAAGAGGCCUUUCACUACAUCUACAACGCCCAGUACGCCUGCGAAAUCCAGGUGAAUGCUAUCUCGUGUGCUGGAGGAGUGGACAACCUCAUAGUGCUGGACCCAGAGAAGUAUAAAUCCCGCGUGUUCGCCGUGGUGUCGGCGGCGGAUGUCAACAUGGCCGGCCAGUACAAGUGGAAGGUCGGAGAGCUGGAGUUUGAGUCUCUGAUGAGGAUGCUGGAUAAUCUGGGCUACAGAACGGGCUACACCUACCGACACCCCAUUGUUCGGGAGAAGCCGAGGCACAAGAGCGAAGUGGAGAUCCCCGCCACCGUCACAGCCUUCACGUUCGAGGAGGACGGCGAGGCCAUGCGCCUGCCCUUCAAGUUCCUCCAGCAGCGGCAGCAGAGGGAGAAGACGCGCUGGCUCAACUCCCCCAACAGCUACACCAAGGUCAGCGUGGAGGCCGGAGAGGAGCGCUGCAACAGCCGGACGACCACGUGGAUGAGGGCGGAUGAAACAGGAACUCCGAUCCGGAUUGAAGACCCAAAUCAGUUCGUCCCUCUGAACACAGACCCCAGUGAGGUGCAGCAGAAGAGGAACAAAAUCAGAGACCAGAACCGGUUAGACGUGAUGACGUCAGGUCCGCGCUCUCAGCACCUCGCCGGCAUUCCUGUCGAUCAGCCACGACGGCCAUACGUGCCCACAGAGGAGGAGCAGAUGGCUCCUCUUCCUCCCAACCCGUUCAGCGAGCUGUUGGAAAAGGAGCAGCACCACAAAAACAUGGAGAGAAGGCAAUUUGGCCUCAGCGAUGGCGAGCAUGAGCUAACCUCCGACGACGGCUCCACGCUCUCUCAGUCUCUGUCUGUCACCCAGUCUCCGCAAAGCACUCCGGCUAAAGAAGAGAACCACACGGGCCUGAUGAACGGCAAGGACAACCACGACGACGAGCUCUCCAAGCGCGUCAGUCAGCUGACCACCAGCGUGGCGAGCGUGGAGAUCACUGUGCGACCCGGCGAGAAGAUCGAGGAGCCGCUGUCCCCCGAGAGCUCCCCCUCCAAGUCGCCCAACACCAAGAAGAAGAAGAAGUUCCGCACGCCGUCGUUCCUGAAGAAAAGCAAAAAGAAAGAGAAGACGGAGGCCUGAGCGGGCGAAGUCAGGAAGAACGUGCCCGCGGAAAGAGGGUGUUGAAUUCUCCCCCCCCUUUUUUUUUUUGUCCGUUUCAGUUUUUUUUUUUUUUAUAUAUAUUUGAUUUUUUUAACCAGAGGUUUUAUGUACAAAAGGCAGAGGAAAGAUUUAACAAGGAAAAAAAAAACAGCAGUUUGGUAUUUUUAUGAAAAAGUCAUUUUGCAAAGAAAGAAUGUUUGUGAGAUUUUGGGGCAGGUGGGUGUGUAGGCCCACCGAUUAAAGCUGCAGCAGUUAGGAGCGAUAUAUAUUUAAAAAAAAAGAAAAGGGCAGGCGUGGGUGUGUCUACAUACCUGAUAUCUCAUGCAGUACUCCAACUCGCUCCUUGGAAGUGUCACUUGUAGAUCCUGAAUAACUGGCUCCUCUUCCCCCUUUUUUCUAAACUCUAAACUGGAAACCUCUUUGUCCUUCAUAUAUUAUUUAAUAUUCCACCUCGCUCAUAUUUUUGUCUCGCUGUGUCUGCACAGAAAGCAUAAAAAUUUUUUAACAUCACACUGGAAAACUAGUUUUGGGAAACGAAAGCAGUCGGAGGAUUUCAGCUGAUGGAUUUGCUGUGGUUUCCAAAUUACUCUUCGUGACUUCUUUCUCCGAAGGAGGCUUGUGCUUUAUAGAUGCGGUAAAAGGUUGUCGGAGUAGAUAGCGAGGAUGAAUUCUGGCUGCUUCUAACUACAUUAUCUCAUAUUUACGUAGCGUUUUCAUACGACGUCCUCUUCAUCUCUCUCCGCUGUUGUUUUUGUUUGCCUGGGAGAAAAUCUUGCUUUAGUAAAGAAACCGCUGUUUGUUUCAUGAAAUGUAAUUUUUUAUUAAAAAUUUAUUUUAUUCAAUGUAGCUUUAAGUCCAUCGGCCCCAUCUUGCAAUAGGUUUGGACCAGUUACCAGCUUCAGUCUUAUACAGGUGCAUCUCAAUAAAUUAUUAUAAAAUCAUGUAUUCCAGUAACUGAAGCUACACCUGUCACAAUAACACGUUUUUCUGGAUAAUAAAUUGUCCCAGAAAUUCUAAUUUUGUCGUUUUGAGAUCAUUUACAAGUAAUGUAUGCAAAUGCGCUCUCUCAAAGACUAAUAAAAGUACAUUUUGUUCAGAACACUCCAUACUGGACCUGGCGGAUAUUUUAAAUGUCCAAAAUAAAACACAACCCAAAACGGAAAUAAGCACCUCACACAAUCGAUGCCAUAAAUAAAAUAUGUUGUUGUAUCUUUGUAACUGAAGACAUUUAAGAUUGAAUUAUUACCUAAGACUAACAAAAUAACAUUUUAAAACAGAAAUGUGGGCUUCUUUAAAAGUAUGUUUAAUUCCUGCUUGGAGGUUAUUAAAAAGGUAUUUUUAACCUAACAAACGACCUUCAGAAAGCAGAUUCUGAUUUACUGAACGUGACUGAAUUUUUUUUUUUUUACAAAUUUAUAUUUUAGGUCCCUGUCGGGGAUUGCACUUCAGUAAUUAAAAAUCCAGCUUAAGCAUCUGAAGUUUCCAACUUAAAAAAAAUAAUUCCCUGAAGUUUGCAACGCUGAUGUAACCCCUCCCAGACUCUGCAACCCACACCAAAAAAUAAAUAAAUCUUACAGGAAGUUAUGCACAAACGUAAUAUUUGCCUUUCUCUUCAACUAGAGACAUUCUGCUGUUAUAACUUUUGCAUUUACAUUGAUCCAAACACUCACAUUCAGUCCAGGUGCUAAAACUAUAGGAGCGCCACCUAUAACUCGUUUUAGGUACUGCAUGGGUUUACAAACUACUAGAAAACCUAACAGCUGUUAAUUCCUCACAUUUCAUUUGGUCCGCUUCUCAAAAUAACAGACUGGUACAGCUAGCAUAAUUGUAAUAAUGUUAUGUAAUGUGUCAAACAAUUGUUGCUUUUUAAAAAAUUUUAAAUGGCAUCAAAUUAUGUUACAUAUUUUUGAGUAAAUACCAUGAGACCGUGGUAUUUUCACUGUUAUUGCGUAGUGAAAACUCACACUGUCCCACACACUUCUGAACUCGAGUCCCGGCGCAGCGCCUUUUUUAGCGAGAACUGGAUAUCCUGGCUGGUGUCGUAAUCCCGAAGAACACUCAGUUCCUACUGAGCACAACAAUGUUAAAACUGGAUAUGCUGGCCGUUGACUUGCAAGUCUGAGCUUCUAUUCUGUUGUGCAGCACUUUUCUCGCAGAAUGUAAUGUGGGGUUUUUGUUUUUGUUUUGUUUUUGUUUCUUUUUUCUUUCACCAGCGAAGGAGAUUAUGACGCAUUUGGUAGAAUUCGCGCAAGUGGCAAGCGAGGAAUGGUGUUCGAGAAAAGUCAGGGCCAAGAAAGUGAGCGGAAAGAAAAGAGAGGGAUAAUCUCGGGUGAAAAAAAAAAAAAAAGGUUUUGAUCGAUUCCUGUUUGUGUCUUCGUUGUUGUUCAGAACGCACCAACCGAUCGGCCCCAGCCACGUUGCUCUUGAAUGUUGUUGAACAGAUACUUUCUUGAUCCGUUUCUGAUUAUACCCUCGUCUGCACAAUCUUAUUCGGAGUCCAAUGAAAGGUCCUGCAAUAGCUGUACAAUGACAGUAGGUGGCAACAUCAUCGGUGAAAAAUGCAUCAAAGUGGAAAAGAAAGCGUCCCCGGUUUAUUUUGGAUGCUUACAUUAUUUUACUCUCCAUUUAAAAACAAAUUAUUUCACAAAGACCUCCCACGUCACAAUUAUUAAUUUCCUGGCGCUUCAUUGACGGUUUUCUAGCUGUAGGAGUCCAUAGUCCUCCCACCACCGUGUGGCGCUGUAGGUGCCGGUGUUCUUUGGGUUUCAGACCUCUCCCUUCGUCCUCUAAGCAAGAGUGAUGUCUCCCUGGCCAAAGAGCUGUAGCUUUGUCCAGUCUGACCAGAGGACACACUUCAUUUAGACUACUUAUUUUCUUUCUUGCUUUCGUUACGUUUACGCGAGCCGUACCUUGUUCUGCUCCGUGGCUCUCUUUGAAUCCAUUAAUGAUGGUUCUCAAUUCUUCACACUUAAAAAUGCUGCUUUGUCAGAAUCAAGAACUCUUUUUCUCAAAUCUAAGCAGAUUUUUUUUUCUCUAUCUCUCUCUUUUUGUUGGUGUUGAGCCUUUCUCAAAUGGCAGCUUCAACGCUUUCUAAAGGCGCUAUACUUUGUGUCAACUGGGAUAAAUGUCUUAGUUUUAAGUAGGGAUACACCGAUAUGAAAAUGUAGGCCGAUAUUGAUAUCCAAUGCUAUUGUAGCCAAAAACUGAUAUUUACCGAUAUAUCAUAUGCAUAUAUUUUCCUACACUUUUGACAUCGUUUGAAAGCGACCACACAGUCUACAACGCCUCUCUGCUUCAGUUAAACAUCCCAUAAUUCUGUGCUGCAGCAUCACUGUCACAUGACCAACUCCAUCCAAAACACACACACACAAACGACAACAAGAUGGAAAUGAAUAUCGGUUAGUAAUAUCAGGUCCGUUUUACUUAUCGGACCGGUACCGGCGUUGAAGCCGACGUACCGUUCAUCCCUAGUUUUGACUAGAUUUACUGGCUAAAUAAGAAUGUGAGUUCUUUAGGUGGCAGUGAAAGAGUCGUGUGAUGAGUUGGCAAGUUUUGUUUCGCUUUCUCAAAUACUUGCAUCGAGUGGAAACACAAAAUGAUGUAUACUUUGAAAGGUAGUUUUGAAAAAUGCUCAUCUGAAACUGCCCUGCUCUUUGAAAAAGCACUCAGGAAAUAUUUGACAAAAUGUAAAAUUUCCCAACUAAAUAGUCCUGGCUUACACUCAAUCGUUUUCUGUUUCUCUUAAUCUCCACUUUUAAAAGCGUUUCCAAAAAAAAAGAAAAAAUCUCAGUUUUUGUUACCUGCAAGCAGAGUGGAAAAUCUCAGUUUUCCAAAAAAAAACCCAUCUAGGCUGUGUGUGGACGGGGCCUGAGAAAUGGGAGCCUGGUGUGUUUUUCUUAAAGCCACACUGUAUUUUCUUUUCUUUUCCAGCUUUAUUAAGACAAAGGUUACGAUUCUCAUCUGCCUGCUCAGGCUUCACGGUUCCUCUCUGUGAAACAUUUCCAAAAUCCCCGGCGACUGCACUGGCCUCCAAAAGCUCCCAACUCAUAACCGCAUACUUGAUUUGUCUUAAUUUCCUCUCAGAAGUGGAAAAGGGACAUGAUGGAUGCUUUUAUUCUCAUUUGAUCCCAGUUAUGCGUUCCUCAAAGCGAUCUCACUGCAGCAGUCAGAUGACCCUCGGCUGAACUCUGCGCGUAUCCCCUUUCCUUUCCUUCCCGCCGUCGCCAAUUAAAUAAAUGUACCAAUAUCCCAGCUAGCAAUGUGAAAUAUUGGAUUUGGAGGGCGGGAGCAUCUUUAGCUGCAUUAAACGCCAGCUUCCUGGGGUCUGGGAGAGGGUGGGUGUGAGGCGGAGUCACGCAAUUGGAAAGUGGAAGGAAGCGAGGCGUGACUUUGGAACUGGAGUUCGUGUGUCGUAGCUAGAGACGGGAAUGGACGAGCUGAAACUAACACACCGUGUUUUUUUUUUUUUUUUAUCACUCAGAUUGUCUGUUUUAUUUUUCCUCCCUCCGUGACAUCUCUCCUUUUGAAAAUGUCUUCUUUUUUUUCCCCCUCCAUCCUCAGUAUGCUAUCGUUCCUUUUAGUUUGCAGAGAGCUCCAGGCCUCCUAAGUAUUUCAUGAGCUGAUCCUGCUCUCAGAUGAACUGAAUGUGCAUUUCAUUCAUUUUUCUGUUUUUUAAUUUUCUCCUCUUGUGUUUUUAACAGUUUGCACCUUGCUUUACUAAUGACUCUCUAUCCAUUUGUUUUUCUGUUAAAAAGGAACAGAAUGCUUUUUUUUUUUUUUUUUGCUUUGGCAUGUCAAAAUGAGCCAAGUUACUUUGUGACCUGUGAAAAUCCUAUAUAAAUGGUUAUCUAAUGGAGUUGCUUUUAGAUGUGUUGCUAAUCUGUGUAAAUUCACAAAUAAAAACUGUAUUUUAAGAAAA